UAGAACAGUGUUAUAAAAAUCCGUUUAUUUUUUUUUAGAUCAUUGAAUAAUAAUUUACUCCGAUCCGGAUAUCGUCACGUGACUAAUUCGAAAACAUUUUUCACAAAAAGUGCCGGAAAUUUUCACUCAUCUGCUAUUUUAGUGUACAGAACUAUAGACGCCAUGGCAGUUAACGUGUACAGUACGAGUUGUACACAGGAGAAUCUGAGUAGACACGACAUCAUCACAUGGGUCAACGACAGUCUCCAAACUAGUUAUAGUAAAAUUGAGGAAUUGUGUACAGGUGCAGCAUAUUGUCUUUUUAUGGAUAUGUUAUUUCCAGGAAGUAUUAUUAUGAAAAAGGUUAAAAUUUCAACCAAAUUGGAGCAUGAAUCGAUUCACAAUUUCAAGGUGCUUCAAGAGGCCUUCAAAAAAGCAGGAGUGGAUAAGAUAAUACCAGUAGAGCGGCUGGUGAAAGGUAAAUUUCAAGACAAUUUCGAGUUUGUCCAGUGGUUCAAGAAAUUCUUUGACGCCAACUAUCAAGGCCAGGAGUAUGAUGCAGUGGCCGCACGGGAGGGCCAACCGCUAGGUGGUUCUGGCAAGCCUGCAGGGCCCGGGGGUCUCAAACCCAAGAGCCAUGUUGCCAAGCCAGCUGCCCCAGCAGCGCCGGCCGCGGCGCAGAGAGGUGGGUCUUCUGGGCUUGCUGCACCCUCAGUAACAGCCAGCGCCAAGACCACCACCACCCAGCGCAGUGUACCCACGACCACUAAAACACCGACAGCACAGAAGCCUGCCCCCGUUAACAACCACGCUGGUGGAGCAGGAGACGGUGCCAAAGUGCAAGCACUGGAAACACAGCUGAGUGAUCUGAGGUUCACGAUAGAAGGCCUGGAGAAGGAGCGAGAUUUCUACUUUGGGAAGCUGCGAGAUAUCGAGAUUAUCUGCCAGGAAGAUGAGGAUUCCUCCUCCAAUAAACGUAUCAUGGAAAUCUUAUAUGCAACAGAAGACGGGUUUGCACCACCUGAAGAAGACGGCAAUGGCGCUGAAGAGGAGGAAUAUUGAAGCAAUCAUUAGCCGCCUUCUUUCGUCCAGGAAUCCAUCUCACCAGUUCACAGUUUCUGUUUGGUCUGCUUCUCCUGAACUACCUGUUGUUCUCUGAAUGAAGAACCCUGUUAUGUUAAACAACAGAUGACUUCAUCAUAACAUGUUCUUGCUGAUUUCUUCUUUGUUUAUUAGUUUUUUUUAAAGAAACUUAUGUCCACUUUUUGCCGUUGCGGAAGAUUGAUACUUACUUUUCCUGUAGUUUUUAUUCGACUUUUUGUUUUGUUGUUUACAAUUUUAGUUACCGUAAACAUUAGAAGAUUGACAAUAAACCUUUGCUUAUCAAUGGUUGCCAGUGGUUGAUUAAAAAUUCACUUAUUUCUAAACAAAAUAAUUUCUGCCUUUUAAUAUUUGAUAUUUGCCAGCCAAUCGGAACUUAACUGAAAAAUUAAACAAUAAUAUAAAGCUCUACAUUCGUAAGGUUUCUAGCCCAAAACAAAUUAACAUCAAACGUUAGAACUUGGCCAUUUUUGUAACACAUGAUGUACACAGAUAUGAAAUGAACUGUUAUUGUUUUGUCUGUGUGUGUUUUCCUGUUAGAACAAAACAAUGGGAAGUGUUCAUUAAAAGAUAUUUCAUAUUUUGGAUUGAAUUGUCCUUAGUUUAUAAUAUAUAUGCUUACAACAUCUGUAUACAUUUAUUUAUGUACUACUUGUCUCAUAUUGGUGUGCUUGUUCUGUAAUAGUGCUAACAGAUUUUAUACUGAAUGGUAGAAUGUUUUUGUUAUUACAUAUUGACUAUUCUGUAUUUUCAUUAAAUACGUGCAUAAAUAAGCAUUCUUUUUAGUUUAUUCCAUAUAUUUAUAUUCUUGUAAUAUCAUAAAUUAAAUAAACAAUAACAUUUUAAGUGACUGUUUGGAUCAAAUGUAAUAUGUAACUGAAAAUUAGUGGAAAGUGUGAUCUGAUGUUUCCUUUUUGUGUCAUCUUUUAACGGUUAUUACAUUUUGAAAGUAUACAUAUGUUUGGGUAAAUGCACAUUUUUCUGUGCUGAACAAAAAUUGGUUGAUUAAAUAAAGCAUGUUCAUUUUCAUAUGUAAUAUUUAAGAAUAUACUAUUAAAUUCUUACAGUGACAUUCAUUAUAUAUUUUAAUAUGUAAUAUUUAAGAAUAUAUCAGUAAAUUCUAACAGUGAAGUCUAUGCGAACUCAUAUUUAAACACACUUUGGUGUCCUUUUCUAUAUUCAUGGUAUAUUAUGUAAACCAUUAUGUUAUAAUUUGUAAUCAUUAUCUUGUUCGUUUGGUGUGUUAGUUAUCCUUAGUAAUGAAUUAAUGAAAUGGAGUAGUGAAAAAAGAUUGUGUAAGUACCAUUUGGUUACAGAGAGUGCUUCUGUUUUUUUUAAGCUUUAAUAUUUUGUUCAGGGUCAAUCUCUAUACAUUUUGUUGCUGCUGGGAUUUCUUUACAGUUAUUCUUUUCUGGAGAUGCAUAACGUUUAGUAAUCAAGCAAAUAAUUGGUCUGUUGUUAUAGGAAUUUUCUCUGCAAUGUUCAUGUAUGCAAAAAUGUACAUUUAGUUGUGCUCAAGACUGGUCAUUUUAAGUUAUCAUUAUAAUUAUAGUCCUUCGCUUGCACGGUGUGUAUAAAUAUAUGUAUAUUUAUAUUUAGGCUACCUUGUGUAAAUAGCAUAGUGACUCGAUCAGUUAUAUUUCUUUAUUGCCUUUUGCAGGUUAGUUUCUAGAAAAUAAUAAUUAUCUCUAUGUAAAAUUAUUACUGCACACAAUCUUUUAUUUUAGCAGUUUGGUUUCAGAUAUUUAUGUCAAAUAUAAAUAUACAGCGUUGACAUGUCAUUUUAAGUGUGUUAUGCCAUUUAAAGUAAUUUUAGAUACCUUGUCUGUCAUAUUUAUAGACUUACACCAGAAUAGAUUGUGAACAACUCCUCUUAUCUAAAGGCACAUUUAAAUGGUUUCAAAAUCACAUGGCGAAUAAAUCGUUAUUAUUUGGUUGCAACUAUCAAUGGUGGAUAAAAUGGGUCAUUGCUGUUUUUACGAGGGGUUAAGACUGGUUUGCCAAAAUACUGGAGAACCAUUUGCAAGACAAUUUAGAAAUUAAUCCAACUCGGAUCUACCACCAAAGUCCUUGAAAGAUAAUUCAUUAUCUUAAAAUGGAUGCUUUUGUAAAAUCCACUCUGCAAGAGCUGUCUUGCAAUCUAAAAGUUUUAUGUUAAUAAAAUUGUUUUGAAGCAUUAAAAACAAUAUUUUUAUUGCAUUUAUAUAUAAUGACUGGGUAUAUUACUCACCUGCAUGACUAUUGUCCAAGCGAUGUUGUUUAAAAAUUAAAAUAAAGCAAUAAACAAUGUGCGAUUAAUGAAUGUAACCGUCACUAAGAUGGGAUUAAGCUGUUUUAAUAAGUAAUACUUGUACUAAAAACAAAUAACAUUAUGCAUGUGUUAAUUUCACACAAAACCAUCCGUUUGUAUUUAUUUGUUAUAAAACAUUUCAUGUGUUACUAUAAUAAUACAUUGGCAGAAAUCUUA